AUGUUAGCAUUUAGAUGUGGAUUGCGAAUAUUAAAUAAGUUAGGAUCUUGUACGAAGAGUAUAGCUGAAAUAUCGAUACAUGCAUUGAAGUUGAAUAAACAAGGAACUAUAGUUAGUAGAUAUUAUUGUAUUAAAUCAGAGGAAUCUUUGGUUACCUUAAAUAAUGAAUCAAAUUCAGUAAAACCAUUUGAAAAUAUUGAUUAUGACUCAAUUACUGAAGGUGACGAAGAAAAGUUGACAAAAUUAAAACGUCUAAUACUUGAGAUUGAUCUACUUUAUGAGAGUGGUGAACAAAUACCAAACCAUUUAAGAGUAGACCAAUGGAAGAACUUGUUGCAAUUAAAUAGUCGAUCAUCCCGGAUGAAACAUUUAAGGUAUUUAUUUUUAAUUGAAAAAAAAAAAGAAAAUCGUAUUGUACGUAAAUUAGAAAAAAGAGCUGAACGCUUAGAACUAUAUGAAAAUCAACCCAAAAAUGAUCACAUUGAAUAUGGAUUAUUGAGAAAUAGUAUGUUCCACAGAAUUUAUGAAAAACAAAUAAAUUCUCUUUACAAUUACCGCUUAUGUGAAGCUAUGUUGUUUGGGCAAGAUAUUGUAAUUGAUUGUGGUUAUGAUGGACACAUGUCUCUUAAAGAAAGAACAAAUUGUGCUAAGCAAUUACUUUUGAUGUGGUCUUAUAAUCGUAUGCACAAGGAUCCGUUUAACAUUAUAUUUUGUAAUAUUAAUAAAGAAGAUACUGUUUUCAAAUCUUUAUCAAAAACAAUACCAACUAUUGACGAACCAACAUUUCCAAUUAACUACACACAUAAAAGUUACUUAGAACUAUAUCCAAGAGAAAAGCUUGUGUAUUUAACUCCUCAUUGUAAUACAGAACUUAAACAGUAUAAUCAUGACGAUGUAUAUAUUAUUGGUAAAAAAAUAAAUAAUAAUAUUUAUGAUUAAAUAAAAUAAUAAUAAUUUUCAUAUUUUAAGGAGCAAUGGUUGACAAAAUGAAAGUUGAACCAUUAUCAUUAGCAAAAGCAAAACGAGAUAAAAUAAGAAUGGCGAAAUUACCUCUUGAUUCAUAUUUAGAUUGGAAACAAGGAACUAAAAACUUAACUAUUAAUCAAGUAAGUUCAUUAAAUUUAAUAUAAAGUUUUUAUGUAAAUCUUUACUACUAUAUUUAUGGGUUUAGUGAACUUGGGGAUUUAAGCUUUAAGCUUAUAUUUAUAGAAAGUCCAGGUGGGUGAUUUCAAUAGAAUAUGGUAUUGUUUCUGUAGGGCGGAGGAAUUCACCUUAUAGUUGAUAAUGUCAUUCUCUCUGUGGGAGGGGCUUAGAAUACUGGGUUAUGUCUUUGAUUGCUCCUUUUGUUAUUACGUAACCAAAAAAGUUCCUAAAGUGUGUCAAAAUAAUUAAUAUUUUAGGUAUACUGAUAGAUUUUUUUUUAAAUAUCAAUUAUAUGAAAUGUGCGUUUUUAAUGUUAUUUUUAGAUGCUUAUGAUAAUGGUAGACCUAAAAAUGGAUAAUAAUUGGGCUAAUGCUUUAAAACAUAUACCAAGAAGAAAACUUUUAGAAAUUGAUGCUUAUCAAAGAGAACUUACUGGAAAUAAUCAAAAGUUGUCAGCAAAACAAAUCAGAGAAGAUUUUAGAAGGAAUUCUGUAUACAAAUUAUUAAUUAAAAAGUAA